AUGCCUCCCCCUCCCCCACUACCCCCUGCGUCUACGAUAUCCACCGCUUCUCUCGGUCACGCCCUCCCGCAGCCACGCUCCGAAGGCGCUUCCUCCUAUGCCAAUACCGGCAGCGGCAAUGUCGGCGGCGGCGGCACCAGCGCCAGCCUCACCCACUCGUCGUUCCUAGACACUGCACUCAACCCGCUCCGUCCCCUGCCCCAGCAGCAGCAGUCGCCGCCCUCCCAGAGCAAUCAUGGCCACCAGCAUCACCACCAUCAGCAGCAGCAGCAGCACUAUGCCCAGCACACGCGCAUCCCAACCUCACCCUCGUCGCUGGCCAACUAUCCAACCGACUCGGCCCCGCCUCCGACACAGCACGAUGGGAGCAGCCCAAGCACCGCUGGAAACGCCGCCGGCAGUGCUGGAGCGGGCCCAUCGGCAUCUGCAUCGACAUCGGCGUCGGCGUCGGCGUCGGCCGUCGCCGGAAAAGUCAGCUGCCUCGCAUGUCGCGCGGCAAAGCGCAAGUGCCAUACCGCCGGCAUAGACACCGUCUGCAAGCGUUGCCAUCUCCACCGCAUCCCCUGCGAGUACAAGCAGCACCGCCGAGGUAGGACCAAGCGACCCCGCCCGCCCUCGGACGCCGCAGCCGGUACCGCUCAGGAGCAGCAGCGGCCUGGACAUGCGGGACCUUCGUCUUCGAGUCGCCGCAGCAACGCAAACGAGAGCGCCAGCACCUCCUCGGCUGCCCGGGACAUCCGCUUCUCGCACCUCGUCUCUGGCGAGGGCGACUCCUCGCCCUACAUGUCCAACCCGCGCUCCAGCCAUGCGCUUUCGCGCCAGCCCAACACCCCGUUGCCGCGCAUCGAGCAGGCCAUCUCGGGCAAGUGGGACGCAGAGGCACUCGAUCCCAUCAGCGCCGGCAUCCUCUCCGAAGCCGACGCCUACGAGCUGUUCGACCACUACUUUCGCUGCCUCAAUGUCACGCUUGCGCUCCUCGACCCGGCGCUUCACACGGCCGACCACUGCCGCACUACGUCGCCGCUGCUCUUCACCGGCGUCCUCGCCGUGACGGCCAAGAUUGCACGGCCGGCGGCCUAUGAUCCGUGCCUCGCCCUGGCCAACCGCCUCCUCGGCCGCGCCUUUGAGCACGGCGAGUGCAGCGUCGAGUUCAUCCAGGUCAUCCACCUGCUCGCGCACUGGAGGAAGGGCAACGACUCGUCGAGCUUCCGCCGCAUCGGCUUCGCCACGCGCAUGGCCCAGGAGCUCAGGCUCUUUGUCCCUGGACCGCGGCCGCUCCCCUCCAACGAGCGCGCCGCCAGGGAGAUUCUGAACAAGGAGAGGACGUGGCUCACCAUGAUCAUCGCCGACUACAACCUCGCCAUCCACCACUCGCUGCCAAAGAUCAUUAGCGAGGACGACAUCGGCGACCCCGAGGCGUGGGCGUCGGACCACCCGCAGUACCCGUGCCGGGGCGAAGAGACGAUCGCGCCGAUGAUUCAGUUUAUCCGCAUGGCCUCGCACUUUUUCGACACCAUGGCCGGCCUCAACGGCGACUCGUCCAACCUGCGCACCCUCGAUCACAUCGAGACGCAGUGGCGCCACUGGCGCAAGCGGUGGAUCGAGGACGAGCAGGAGGAGUUCACGCCGCUACACUUUGCGACGCUCAGGAUGUCCGACGCCCUCUUCCGCUUCCACGCCCUCGAGUACCGCCUGCUUUUCAACGCGCGGUACCGCGCAAAGGGCCAGACGCUCGACACGAGCCAGCCGACGCAGCUGUCGUACGACUUUGGCCGCUGCAUCGACGCCGGCAUGAUGAUCGCCGACGGCUUUCUGAACGACGUGGCGCGGCCGGGUUUCCUGCCGUACUGCUUCCACCUGGCCUGGGUGGCUAUGAUCAUCUCGUCGAUCUGGCUGAUCAAGAACAUCGACGCCAUCAACCCCAACGACCGCGCCUGGGUGAUCCGCAAGCUGUCCGAGGUGCGCGCCGCGACCGACGAGGCGUCGCGCAGCUCGGACGACAUGGCGGGCUACACGACGCGGCUGCUGCAGCACAUGCUCGACGGCCUGUGCCCCGAGUGGCACCUCAACUGCCUCGCCGAGACGGCGGCCCAGUCGUCGGCCCAGUCGUCGUCGACGGCCGAAUCGUCGUCGGGCGGAUCGAGCCAGCUGAUCAGCACGCCCAAGCCCGACCCGGCGAGCAUCGCCAGCACCCACGAGAUUAUCCAGGGCCACCUGUGGGGCGAGAUGAUGCACAGCUCCGCCUUUGCCCAGCCCACCUGCGACCAGCCGAUGCCGCCGGCCAUGCUGGGCAACCAUCCCGGUGCCGUCAACAUGCACGGCGGCGACGGCGGUGUCAAUGGGCACAACGAGGCGAUGCCACUGGUUGAGAUGCAGAGCGCCAUCGUCCCGCACUCGCAGGCGCAGCACCACGAAUCGAUACCUCCACCGCCGCAGCAGCAGCAGCACCAGCAGCAGCAGCAGGCGCCAGCACCGUAUUUUGCCGCCGCUGGUCCGCCGCAGCCCAACCUGUUUCCGGCCGACGACGACGAAUUCUGGCGCAUGCUGUUCCCCAAGACGGGCCCGCCGUGA